CUGGGAGUGGCAGAUAUCCUGAUGCUGGUGACGCUGCCCAUCUGGGCAGUACAGUAUGCCAAAAGUGAUGGAUGGACAUUUGGUACUCCCCUGUGCAAGAUCAGUGGAAGUGUUUUUACAAUUAACUUCUACAGUGGGAUCCUUCUCCUGGCCUGCAUCAGUCUGGACCGCUACCUGUCCAUCGUCCAUGCUACACAGAUGUACUCAAGGAAGAAGCCUUGGGUUGUUCAGGCCAGCUGCCUGAUGGUGUGGUGCUUUUCCCUGCUUCUCUCUAUCACUGACUGGAUCUUUUUAGAAGAUGUGUUUGAUGAUAGACGAGGCAGAAGAGAGUGUGUUCCCAAUUAUUACAAAUUUCGUGAGGAGGCUGUAUAUAAUUGGAGGUUGGCAUCACGCAUGAUUUACCUCAUAGUUGGCUUUGCACUUCCUUCAGCCAUCAUGAUGUUCUGCUACUCCUGCAUUUUGCAUCAGCUGAGGUGUGGUGCCCAGAGCCAUCAAAAGCAGAGAGCUUUUAAAGUUAUUGUGGCUGUGGUGGUGGUUUUCUUUAUCUGCUGGACCCCGUACAACACCACGCUCUUAGUGGAAACGUUUAAUUUUGAUAUCAGUAAUGAAACUUGUUCAGACACAACAUCCCUGGAGAAAAUUAAGACAGUGACCACCUGUGUGGGUUUCAUUCACUGCUGCCUCAAUCCCAUCCUGUAUGCUUUUGUGAGUGAGAAGUUCCGGCGUCGGCUCAUGAGCAGGGAAACAGUGUUCAUGUCAGACUUAAAUGUUUCAAAUCAUCAAACAAAUCAUAGGUGAAUUGUUCCCCCUGACCGUGCUUCCUCUAAAGAACAGUCAGCCAGAUUAAGGAGCUCCUCUAAGUAUUUCUUCCACAGUCUGGCUAGGUCCUCAGUUGAAGGCAGCAGCACCCCACCUUCAUUAAAUACACUGUAAGUAGAGCACCGCUUUCCCCUACACCUUUUCUCAUGGUCAUGCUCACCCCAUGAUAAUAGAUGCAGCUCCAAAAUGAGGGCCACUGAUUGAUUCCUUCUUUCUUUCUUUAGGAGCCAGAACUCUCCCUGUCCAAAAUUACUGUCAAGUUCAUCCUCAUGAUGAAUUUAUAUAAGCUUCCAAUCACAACUGUAGUCUCUGGUACAAAGUGUAAAGUUUUAGUUGAUGUUACAGAGAAUUCUGACUGACUGAAAGCAGUUCUUUAAAUAGGAAGGACCCACUGGUGUUAUGCGGGGGCCCAGUCGUUUUAAGCUGGGUUUGUUCCUGUUUAUAUAGGCUGCUUUUGAAAAUAUCAGGAUUUAC